AUGGAUAUGAAUCGUGGAUAUCCAUUUGGCGGAGAGGUGCUGGAGCGAAGACACUCUGAUACGUGCAUCCCGCAACCACCACCGAUGAACAUGCCGAUCACUCCUAAACCGAAUACCAACGAAUACACACACCCGCACUUCGCCAUGAUAUAUCUCGACCACAAUGGUCAAUGGCAACUACAAGCCUCGCCCUCAAUUGCAGGCUGUGAAGGCGCCAUCUUCACACCAGAUGUUACAGACCGAUUCAUAGAAAUGACUGGACAGACCCCACAGGCCAACCCGCCGUUUACAAGCGAGACAGGCCGAGAUGAUUCCGUUUCAAUGGUCGUCACAACAAAGCCGAAAAAGUCAAAGCGUGCCAGCGGCACGCUCAAGUCUCGACCUAAAUCUAGCUCACCGCCACCUACCACACCUCCACCUGGACGGACUGUUCUUCGUGUCGGUAAUCGGGCGCUGCUGCGACGGUACUACGAGAAGGCAUUCGAGGAUUUCCAGCAGCUCAACUGCCGCGCUAUUGCAAAAUCCUACAUCAAACUUGUCGAGCCGAGGAAACAAGUCCAUUAUCCGUACAAUGGACGCAGGGUCAUUGCUGGUGUCUCUCAGCGUGUUGACCCGGAGUUCACCAAGCCUGCGUGGUGGCCCACUGGUGUCUUACAUAAGGAGCCUGAUCAUCUGCUCAAGCCUGACCGACUACGACUUCUAGUCCAUAUCCUCUGUGAGCUAAAGGAUAGCCAUGGAGUUACAACAGACAAAUUGCGAGAUGCUGGCCAAGACGUGAGACGCCAGAUUACCCCUGCCCACAGGCUGCAGGUUCUAGACGAGAUCUACUUUGUGCGACAAAUGGAAGAACAGUUCCUGGACGGUAAAAUCGACGCCAGUACCUUGAUUCAGGUAACACAAACGCAUCUACCAGAAGCAAUAUUCCAAGACAGCGAUGAACUGUCAUCCCGUGCACACGCAGCACCGGUAACAUCGUCUGUGGUUGAGGCUCAACGUGACAUGCGCGAUGCAGGUGAUGAACCCGGCACUUCCACGCUGGAAGAAGAAGACUCAAAGCUACACCCGCAUAGUCUGCCCCUCUCGCCCACCACUAGCGAGUCAAGUGGUCCACACAGCCCGACAGGCAGCUUCGGCUACCCAAUGGGCAUGGCACCAUCGGUGCAUGUAAUUCCCCCUCUCGAAUCCUCAAAUGUCACGAAAUCUCUGCAUCCAGAUCCGAGUUAUCUCUCUGGGUACUACUCGCAGCAGUUUGUAUCUGAUAAAGGGCCCGGGUUCUGGUCACAUGCCAACUCUGCAUCGCAGUUUGGAUAUUGA